CCGGAUACCGGUAAAAUAACCCUUACCAUCUAGUAAAACCGUCAUGCAAAUACAUAUAGAUUCAGCAUGAACAAAAAUAACAGUACAGCACAGAAAAUGAUGAACAGAAAUAGCAACACAUGAAUAAAUAAUACUGUACAUUGAAAGAUUACAAAAGACAAAUACAUUGAAGUAAGAUUAUAGUGAAAUAUAGAAAAUACAAAGGAAUACAGUCGAAGAUUAAAUGAUAAAGUACUGUACAUAGUAAAAUAAAAAGAAUAACUCAGGAUAACAUUGAAAAUACGACACAAGAGGAGAAAAGAUUGAAGAUUUUGUGCUUUUAUACAUACAGUGCAAUAAAUAUCAGUGUGUGGGUGGUGGUGCCAAGUAGGCAGCGUCCCAGCAGCAGGACGGGCGGCCCGGCAGCAGCAGGUGGCAGUAGGUGGAGCAGCAACAGCAGGGGGAGGUGGUGGGGAGGGGGAGGAGGAGGGGAGGUAGAUGAAGGUGGUGGUGGCCCACUUACAAGCAGCUACAACACAACACCACGGCCAUUCUCAACUAGGGCACCAUGGGGUCAGAACAGCACUAUUCACUUCGCUGGAAUGACUACACAGUCAAGAUUGUUACAGCGUUCCAGUCCUUACGGGAUGAGGAGGAUUUUGUUGAUGUUACUGUUGCCUGUGAUGGUCACUCCUACUCAGCCCACAAAAUGGUGCUUUCCGCGUGCUCUCCAUAUUUCCGGGCCCUACUCAGGGCCAACCCGUGCCAGCACCCCAUUGUUAUACUAAAAGAUGUGGGUCAUGUAGAAUUGGAGAGACUAUUAGAAUUUAUGUACAAUGGUGAAGUGAGCAUAGCGCAAGAUCAACUGGCAGCGUUCCUCAAAACUGCAGAAAACCUUAAGAUUCGAGGACUGGCUGGCUCCUCUGAUGAUAUGGAUCAGGCUGGGUUACACAGACCAGAUGUGUCAUAUAGUUAUAGCAGCGGUUCUGCGAUCGGAGGGAUGACUUCAGGUCGGAGUAGCCCCUCAGCUGGUUAUGCCCCAAGCCAAGGGUCCAAGGAUGAGGAAAUAGUGGGUGAUGGUAGUGGAGGCUACCUAACUAGACCCGAGUCUCCUCCAAGCAAGAGACGGAAACGAACAAGUGCCCCUGCUGCUGGCCAUGCUGACUCGAACACUGCUAGUCACACUACAGAAUGUGUGGUGGGAGAUAAUCCUGUGGAACUUGACACUGGUGGUGUGCCAAUAAGUGGUGGGGAGGAUGACAUCCGGUUGGACCGAAGAGAACUGAAAAGUGAACCAGGUGAUGCCAUGACUGAUGUGUAUAGUGAAUCGUCAGAAAUGAGUACUGACCCACAAUCACACACUGGCGAGGGUAUGGAUCAACGGCAACCUGUAUUGUAUCCUAUAGCAAUGCCCGGGCCCUCAGGAGCAGUGGGCAGUCAGGACAACGUGGGUACUCAUGAACCGGGCGAUGUGUCCGCCUUGAUGGCAAUCGCUAACGCUGUGCAGGCUACAGCGCCGUCGGACCGCCCCAUGAAGUGUCCGCUGUGUAUGGGCAUCAUCAAGCAGGCACGAAACCUGCGUCGCCACGUGUUCAAGCGUCACCUACCUGCUGCCAAACGCGGCGAGAUCACCGAGGCCGACGUGAAGAACGUCCUCGAGAGUAAGUUGAAGACCAUAACUGUCACCCCUCUCACAGAGGACGAGUUGCGCCAGGUGCAACAACGCACGCGACGCAAGGGUACAAGGUCGCCGCGGAAAAAGAAAGGCAUUGCUUCUCUGCCAGAUGGUGUAAAUGGGUCCAAUAUCAACGAGUCAGAAGUGACGAUUCGUAAGCUGCCGCACAAGAAAGACAAGAAGGAUAAGGUAGGAGGUGUCACCAUGAUGGGUGGUAGCGAAAGUGGGCGAGAAGACAUCCUGCAGGAGGCCAUGGCAGCACGGGACAAGGACAUAACUCCGCAGGAUGAAGUGAUGGACUUGGCCACCACUCAACAACAGCUGCCGCCCAUAUCCGUGGUAGUGUCUCACAGUGGACACUCCGGCGUCCAGGUGUCGUCCCAGCCCAUGUCUCUAACCGUGACACAGACGGCGGGUGGUAUACAUGCUCGCAUACCGGCAGAGGCGGCGCUGGGGGCGGGGGUGCGGCUGCACGCUGACUCUCCCCUUCCCCUGCACCGUGACCUGCCUACCAUGCCACCUAUGGCGUUCGAGCCUCAGGUAACCAUCAGCGAGGGUAUGGUCACGUAUCACACCACCUCCCCUUCCCAGGUGUUGACCCAGACCACCUCACCAUCUCCGUCGGCAUCGGGGUAUGCCCCGACAUCAUACUGGUCCCCCACUGGCAUGGGGCUUACUGCCGGCACCUUCCAGCCCCACCAGAGUGUGUUUGCUCCGGCCCAUUCUGAGUACUUCACAGCGGGCGUGCACAUGGCUCGCCCGGCCUCCUUAGAACGUAUGCAGCAGCACCGCCGUAAACCUUACCAGUAAUGCUGCUCAGGUUACUAGUGCUGCCCAAAUGGCAUCAGCCGGGGAGGCCCAAGCUGCAGCCACGGCUACCCAUGUCACAGCUUGUUCGCCCUCCCGCACAAAGUCAGCAUCACAGCUAUACACUGUGUCUGGCUCCAGAUAGAGGUAAAAGCGGAUGGUUGCAGGUGAAGGGCUUGAUGAUGGGACAGGCGCUGGGUGGACCAAAAGCCCUCACCACCACCGACCUCGUAGUGGAGUAGAGUACAACAUUUUUAUAUAGCAAGGACGGCAAUUAUCUGUGUGUCCAAUUAUUUUAGUUUGUACUAAUAAUGGUACAAGUGGACUUUAUGAUUGAGAUUAGUGUUUUUAUCUGUGCUUUCCUUGUUGCUUGACUGUUGGAAGAAGGUAGGUAUGUGGUUGAUGAGCAAAGUCAUACAAAGACAGAGCUGCCGUGGCUGCCCAGCUGAACAGGUAGUUGUGUGCCUGGUAAGUGUGCUACUGUCAGAUGUGUAACUAUUAACAUUACUCUCAGAUGUGUAGUAGUUUAUCACCUACAACUGAAAUAGAUGUGACUACCAGAUGUGUCAACGGUUGUGUGAUUCUCCAGAGACAUAGUAGUACUUUUAUGCAAUUAUUAGUAUGGAAAGGUUAACACUAUUAACUAUUACCUACUAAGGCGUUUGUUAUUGUGUUACUAUUACAGGAGAGAAGGGCGAGUUAGCUAGCCUGAUGUGAAAGGAUACAUGAGUACACGUGUCUGUGAAUGUAAAUUUUCUCAUGUAAAGUGUGUAUGUGUUAUUACAUAGUCUCAUAAUUAUGCGAGAACCUUUACAACUCUAGUGUGUUAACGAAAGCCUUUGGAUGUUGGAGCAAAUUUAUAUGUCUGAUUUGUGAUUAAAUUUAUGAGUAAA